AUGAACAACGUGUACAGCUACCACCAUUUCAAUGGGAUCAAGCGCACCUCUCCCAACAAUGGAUAUUUGAACCCGCUCAAAACCUUUGCACCUGUGAACAACCGGUUCUCUAGUAUUCAGCCAUUUGAUGAUGGCCUGCAGCUCAACAGAAGCCUGCCAUUUGAUGGCAGCCAGCAGCUUAAUAACAGCUUACAGCUUGGUGGCAGUCAGCAAUCUGAUGGUGUCCAACAGUUUGGUAGGGUGAAACAACUUGGCGGUGGUGGUCAACAAUCUGGUGGCAGCGUUCAAAAGUUUGGCGGCAGUGGUGGUCAACAAAUCAGCAGUGUUCAACAGUUUGUCCGUGUGCAACAACUUGGCAGCGGUGGUCAACAACUCAGCAGCGGUGGUCAACAACUCAGCAGCGGUGGUCAACAACUCGGCAGUGGUGGUCAACAACUUGGCAGCAGUGGUCAACAACUUGGCAGCGGUGGUCAACAUUACAGUGGUGGUGUUCAACAAUUCAGCAGCAGUGGUCUACAAUUCAGCAGCGGCGGUCAAAAUUCAGCAGCAGCAGUCAACAAUUCAGCAGCCGUGGUCAUCAACUUGGCGGUGAUGGUCAACAUUUUGGUGGCGGUCAACAGUCUCAUGCCGGUCAUGGAGACCAGCAGAACAAUCUGGUCCCGCAGACCCUUUUGUCUCCUCACCUUCCCUCCUCCGCUUCAACCGGUUCCUGAAAGCGCAAGAGAACUGACUGCUCCAACACAUCAACUGCUUUCCCUCAAAGUACCUCUUCUGUGCCAACACCAUCAGCACCCGCCCCAUCAGCAAACUCAAUCACACCAUCUACCGUUGUAA